CUUCCUCUUCAAGUGGAAAAAAGAAAAAGAAAGACAUGGCAAUAAAGAUGUCCAAAUGGCUGGUUACGGGGCUGAGCCUGGUGGCAAUCUCCAUUCUUCUAUCUCCCAGUACUAGUAAUCGUUCCAUGUUCAGAACCGUCAAGGCCAUGUCUGAUCGGGGCGGCGCCGGUGGUGGUUCCGGCCAACAGGGCCCCUGGAACUUCUGGCGGGGAUGCGGGUCAUCGCCAGAUGGUAGCUGGCAGUACAGCUGGGGUACUGGUUCGGGGCCCGGUGGCAGCAGCUGGGGGUUCGGUUCGGGCUGGGGUGGGAGCGGCGGUGGAUUCGGCUGGGGCGGCUCUGGAUCGGGCGGCGGAUCCAGCGGUGGCAUGAUUUCAAUGGCGGGUAUGGUGUUGGCCGUGCUCCAAACCCGUCAGGUCAACCCAGGUCCGAUGGGGAACCAAGGUGAAUAAAGUAAACACGUGUACGGACACAAAUAUAUACACAUAUAUAUAUAUAUAGAAAGUCGAAUAGGUACCACUCGUCUUGUGACUGCUAUGUAAAAAAAAUGGAACUCCUUUACAACAUGUUUGUAAGAAGAGGAGAUUUAUCGGAUUACUUAUAAGAAUUUUAACUUGCUUAAUCAUUUUUAUUUAUAGUCUUGUUU